AUGCGCAGAAAAGUCGAGACCAACGACAAGGGGCUCUUCCAAUUCGAGGCAGGCGGCUGGACUUGCGGUGAUGCCGCUUAUCCACCGAAAAUCCAGAACAAGAACACCUACUUGUAUUUACGGUCUGGGAUACUAGCAAAAGAUAAAGAACACCAUUUGAUGUCAGUUUAUGCCUGACUACAGGGGCAAGGCGGGGCAACUAGCUCACUAGAAACGACUAAAACGCUUGAAACGAGUGACAUACUUGAAACAAGAAAUAAGAAAACAUUUAUCGAGACUCUAAUUUUCGAGGACCGCGGUUACAUAAUAUUUCCGAAGCAGAGCUGCAGUGGGGCGUCUUACAAUAGCAAGUGCUACUGCUGGGACGAGCAGGCGCGCGUGAGUGGUGGCGACCCCCUCACUAGCGAAACCAUGUGCGAUUCCGGCUGUUCUCUUGGGGAGUGCGCGCUCAAGUCCCAGUGUGGCAGCGCACCGCCGCCGCCGUUUGUGGCGCCGUCGCCUGUUUUUCCGGAUCCCGUAGCGGCAGAAUCGCAGUUCGCCAGGGAAGUGCGCACGACGCAAGUUACCGCGGAACAACACGGGAAUCGCUGAUCAGGAGGCGAGAAUCGCUGAUCAGGAGUCACUAAAAAGUACAUGAUCAUGAGUCCUUACCCAAAGGAAUCGCUGAUCAUAAGUAGUACAUAAUCACCACUCUUUAGGAGUAGUAGCCGAAACCACCACUAUCAGGAGUAGUAACCAACCCUAACAAGAAGUGUCAGUAACAGGAAGCAAGUAAGUAAGCACCUAACUACCGCUGGAACUUGAUAUACUUAUGAUUCUUGCGGACACUGCUGCCAUGGGUAGUUUCCAAUUUCUGUUAUGGAGUGGUUCAAAGAAGUCACGAAGGAAAACAUUACUUCUUUUUUAUAGAAACCAAUUUUUAUCGUUAUCGUUAUUGUCCAUUAGACAAAACGCGUAGCUUAGUCUCUCAUUCGCUUGCUCUUUGCUCUCUCGUUUGGCAUUCGUUAUUCCGAUUCCAAAGCUCUUUCUUCCACCAAUACUGUUUCUUGCAAAUCAUAAACUCUCUGCAAGCGUCGUACAAGACGUCAAGAAACCUUUGUUAUAGCCUAGUAGCUUUGCGGCUUGAUCAUAAUUGUGCAUAGCAGAAGUAAGCCGUUGAUGAUAGGCAGGACAAGG